AUGACGUCAUUCGAAAACGCUCUGUGGAUGGCUCGCUCAAUGAUUGGUCAUUGGGGGCGGAGCUUGAGCGGCGACUUGAACGGUCGUGCUCCGGACGUUCCGGGGCAUUUCUAGGGGUCACUUAAGAGUGCUGACGCUGCUAAAGUGGUCCCUAGAAGUGCCCAGAAACGUCCGGAGCACGACCGCGUCCGAGUAGCUAAACUUCAGUGCUUCGAAGCUUGAAAGAAAGUGCGCUCUAGUGAACUUUCCAUCAGAGAUGAAUAAAUAUUUUUCGGACCUUCUGGGUAUUUCUAGUGACCACUUUAGUAGCGGCAGCACACUUAAGGGGUCCCUAGAACUUCUCAGAAACGUCCGGUUUUCCGUUACCAAGGAAAAAAUAUUCUAAAAUGGAUUUUUCGCAUUGAAUUGAACGGAAAGUUUUGAAAAAUCAGAACAGAUUUCACAUUUUUUAAGAAUAUUGCUUUAUGUUGCGAAACUGUGCAACCGUUUUCCACUACGAAUAUUAUCUCUUUGCAAAUUCUUAUCUUUCUAAUCUUCCUUUUUUUGCUCAUUCACUUCUUUUAUGGUCAGUUUUCUUAAUUUUUUUUUAAUUUUAAAGUUUAUCGUUCUCAAUUUUGAACAUACAUAGGCUAACAGAGUAUUAAUCAUUUUCGUACCCCCCAUAUUAUUUAUUGAGCUUUUUCGAUUAUAUUGAGUGAUUAAUUAGUUUUGAAAUGCAUUUUUCCCAGUUAAAACUCGCUUUAACUGUGAUUGAAGCAGCCUUUUCCCUUUUUCUUCUGACAAGGAGGUUUGGGAGUUUUCUAAAACUUGACCAGAAUACUUCUUGAUGCUCCAGGUGAAACUCCUAAAAGUUUCAACCUGUAAAACUUCCUGUUUUUCGAGAAAACCGGGCUCAAAGCCUCAAAAUAGCUCGUUUUUACGGAUUUUCUCGACUUUGAGGUAUUCUUUCUUGAGGACCAGGAAGUUUUGCAGAUUGAGACUUUCAGAAUCUUCUUCUGGUACAUCAAGGGCUAUCCUGGCCAAGUUUCAGGAAAUUCCCAAAGGUAAAAUGACCUUCUCUGUAGGGAAAAAUAAUGCCGCUGGCUUAUCAAAGUCAAAUAUCGAAUAGUUCCUUGACAAACAAACUAAAAAAUCGAUAAACUAUUUUUGCGUUGAAAUUUCGAUGCUCCAAUAUUUUUCAUGAUUUUCCGAAUCAUUAAAUUUUUUUCUUUCUCGAAUUAAUCCGCUCAAUGUAAUGGUUUCUCAACAAAAAUUUUUUUUAUUCGAAAAAAUGAUUGAAAAUUGCAGAUCAGCUAGUUUUUUUCGGUCCUUUGAUGCCUCCUAAUAAGUAUACGGUGGGUUUUCCUCCUUAUUAAUUUUUUUUUCGAGUUUGCCCUUCGUAUAAUUGUUGGUUUUCCGUGUUUGAAAGUUCCUUUCUGAUGAAUAUAAAGGAAAAAAGGAUGGGGUAGUCCAAGAAGUGAAAAAAAUUUCUGUUGAGUUGAAAAAAAUCAAAAGAGGUCACAAAAAAACAGAAUAAAUAAAAAAACUAAGAAUAAAUCUUCAAAUUUUUUUGAAUUCCAGAACAAUUCCCCGAGAACAUAAACUAAUUUUUCUGCCGUACCUCAUCAAAUUUUUUUCAAAAACGGAUUUAUCUGAUAACUUUAAGUUGGUGGUUGAUUUGGCAUUCUCAUUUUCGAAGAAAAAAAUCCGGAACAACAAGGAGAGUUGAGGAAAUUCUAAGAGGGGGUUGAGAUCCUCUAGGGCUUCCUUGUUUUAGGAACCGCUAGAGGGGGCUAUUUCAAUGUGCGUAUAGGGUCACCACUUUAGUAAACCCUAUAGUGCUUUCUGAGCGGUUCACUAAAACCCUGAAGCAUAAGGGCUUCCUUUAUGCAAUCUGUAGGGGUACCUUUUUCCUAUAGGGACCACUCCAAAUUUCUUAGGGGCACUUAAUCCUUAAAGGGACCACUCCGAAUUGCUUGGGGAUACCUACUCCCUAUAGGGACCACUCCAAAUUAAUAGGGGUACCUGCUCCCUAUAGUGGCCAUUGCAAAUUGCUUAGGGGUACCUACUCCCUAUAGGGACCACUCCAAAAUUUGAAAUUUACAGAGAGAGGAACUCCUUUGGAAGGCGGCUGGAAAUGGCAGACUGGAAGAAGUCCGAGAGUUGAUCCGAGAAGGAGUCGAUAUCGAUUUCAAGGAUCCGACGUUCAAAAUGAACGCGUUGAUGUUCGCAGCAGCUGAGGGAUUUUUUCUAACACUCGAGGAGCUUUUGAAAAGCGGCGCUAGUGUUUCUGCUUCUGAUAAGGUGAGGGGGAAGUUACACUAGGUCAUUUAAUUUCCCGGAUUUUCUGAAAGGAUACUCCUUGAUGUACUCGAAAAAGAUUCUGAGAGUCUCAACUUGCAAAAAUCCCUAGUUUCCGAGAUAUAAGGGCCCAAAAAUUCUAUUUCAAGAAAUCUUGUGGGUUUUCUUUGACGUCAAGGUGUCCUUUUUCGAAAACAACCCCUAUAGGGGCCGAAAAAAUGGUCCCCAUAGGGGUUUAGGGUCUGACCCCUUAGCUCAAGUGGACCCUAGAGGGGUCUUUCUAUUCCAUUUAAAAACGCUUUUUUAUUCGGUUUUCCCAUGAGAAUGCUUCUUCGCUUUGAGUUCAUAAAAAUGAUCGACUAGCAUGUCCUCUAUAGAGACCACUUUUUCAAGCUUCAGUGGCCCCUACAGGGGUUGGUGAAGUAUUCCUUAGAGUGGGACCCUUAAAGGGCCCCUGAAGGGACCACUCUAGAGUCCCUAAAUACUUUUCAUUAAUGGCAUCGGAUUUUGAAUGUCAAGUAGAAUGACGUCAUUCGAAAACGCUCUGUGGAUGGCUCGCUCCCUGAUUGGUUUAUCACGCCAUUAGGGGGCGGAGCUUGAGCGAGGACUCGACAUUUAAAAUCUGAGCAGACUAUAGAAUGUCCCCUAUAGGGGUCACUAACUAAAACUCCCAUAGGGACCACUUUUGCAAGCUUAAGUGGCCCCUACAGGGGUUGGUAAGGUAUUCCCUAGAGGCGGCCCUUCGGGGGCUCCUAAGAUUGCCCCUAUAGGGUCCGCUCUGGAGUCCCUAAAUACUGUUCGAAGUUUCAUCAUUACACCUUCCUUUGGAAGUCUCCUUAUUUCUGACCCACUAUUUUUUUUAAGUAAACAAAAAAGAAAGAUUUACAGAAUGGCUACUCGUCUCUCCACUUCGCGGCAAUAUCAAACUACGAAGAUACCGAGAAAAUCAUCGGGAAAUUGGUUGAAUUUGGAGCCGACGUAGAAUCUCUAACCAACAAGAAAAUCACUCCGCUAUACUUGGCGGUCCUUAAAAAUCAAAUAAGAUCCAUUCAAACUCUGAUAAAACUCGGCGCCGAUGUCAACUUCUGCCUUACCGCGAGAGGGGUUUUUUUCUUAUAUAUUUUUUUAAAGGCAUAGAUGCUGUAAGAAACGGUGUUUCAGCUCAAAGCAGUAUUUUGUAGAGCUUUUCAUUGCGAAUCGAACGGUGAACUUGAAAACGUACCGAACUUCCUAGUUUUGGAGAAAAAGCAAUUAAAAGUCGGGGAGACGAAUACUUGAGUUCCCGGCAAAAAGGGCGCUUUGCAGUAAGGUUGCUCUAUAGACAACACGCUUCGCCAUUUUUCGCAUUUUCGCUUUUUUCUUCGUUUCUUUCAAAUUUCAAUUUUUUCUGUUAACACCAAAGAUCUUUUCGUCCUAAAAGCUUUCUAUCCAUGUGUAAUUUGCAAACUUUGAUCGCAAAAAUGCUUUUCUGGUGAAAAAUGAUGAUUUUACACAGGUUUCGAUUGGGACAGCGAUAUUUUGUGUUCUCUUUAUUUCCGGUGUGUGUUUUUUGUUUGACUAAAUUUUUUUUCAGAAAAGAAACCAUUCAUUUGAAGCAGAUAUGCGGUUUCAAAAUCAAAGGCGGGAAAGUAAAAUCGCGUUUUUCUUCUAAAGUUGUCAGACCUGUAAUUUUUUUGAGUACACCAUUCGAUUCGCAAGGGAAAAUUAUACAAGAUACUGCUUUCACUUGAAACCCCAUUUUUUACUGCCACUAUGCCUUUAAUAUUUCAAUUUUCAGGAUCGAUUUACUCCAUUACACAUGGCGGCUCAAAAAGGACACUUAUCAGCGAUAAAAUUGUUGGUGGAAAAUGGGGCCGACGUUCAUUUGAAGGAUAGAAACGGCUGUACAGCUCUUUCCCUGGCUGAGAAGGAAAAUCACGAAGAAAUCGUGGAAUAUCUUGGAUCAGUGAUGUAA